AUGGACACCAUGUCGAACCGAGGCUAUGAGGGUGUCGACACCCCCGAUGGUGAUCUACCACCAGCGGUUAAGCAGCAAGGUGAUUUGGUCAUCGAUAAGUUCAACAGUCUUUUCGGUAGAUGUGAUCCACUGAACGAAGAGCAUCGGCGUAAUGGCCCCAUGCCUAUCGAAAAUAACGCCUUCAUCAACCAGCUCAAAUCUGGCCCCCUCUCGAUCGAGGACAAUGCUUUGCUCAACCGACUCAAAUCGACCUCCGAUCGGUUGGAAUCAAACCUAUUACCUCUACUAGGAGACCAACUCAUCGCAAUCUCACUUUCACUCAAACCAUCCGAGUUGCAGAGAGAACCAUCCUCAAAUCUCAAGCGGAUCUUGGAGAUGCAGGAAGAACUCGAACAGACUCUGUGUCAAAUCAGAUCGGCGCUUGAUUUGCUUCCAGAACAAGAAGUGGUACCCAAUCAAACCAAUGACCAACACCAUAAAGAGUUCAAGAAUUAUAGAAUCAAUGGACUUGAUCAAUGCAUCAGGGACGAAGUACUCAUGGAGAUGGCCGGGUUUUUCUCUUCGUCGAUCAUGCUUGUUCGCCAACUAGGUUUCUCAACAGACCCUAGGAUAAACCACAUGGUUCCAGCUGGAAUGGAGGUAGUCCACACAAGAUAUCGGUCCGAAGCUUCACUGAAAUCGGCCAUCAUCUGGUUAAAAGGAUCUGAAUGGGAUACUGUCUUGGUCGGUUGGCGACUUGCGAUGGAUGUGAUCGAUAGCGUAUUAGAGAAGAGCAUCCGUCAUAUCAGUUCGAUACCCAACCAUGACCUAAACAAUCGACCGCCCUUCGAACCCCUUGGCGAACGAAACCUUCAAGUCGCUGAAUCAUUGAUCCCGAUCAUCAAACUCUCGAGGAUCUUCUUGGCUAGACUAUCCAAACUCGAAAAGAAGAACAAGACUCUUCCGCAUUAUACGGAAAUGUGUACCCACCAGCUGCAAAGUCUACACGAUCUGCCCUUGUGUGCUAUCUCUAAACUCAGCUGUCUCCAGUCGAUGUCGGUCAGGAAUGAUAUGUUUGAUGAAGCUUCGACCAUACGUUUUAAUGAUAUGGUUCGAAGACUUCUGGCUCUCUUUCAAUCCUCUUUGCUUGAUGUAGUUCUUUGUGUUAUCCCUCUGGUUCCAGACGUCAACGGGUUUCCAUAUCAGACUUACCUCAAAACUUGGUUUGUUACGUGGAACACCCAGUUCAUUAUAGCUACUCAAAACAUCACCCGUCUUACCUUCUCCUUUCUCAAUAAUCCUUUAUAGCUUCUUUUUGUCUUCUUCUCUCCUUCCAUUUGAUCGAUUCGCACCGUCAGUCAGAAGAUUUGCAGAAAACACGAGAAGUGAAACCUUAACCUGACGGGAUGCGUUUCUAAGUUGAUUGAAUUAUCUAGUUUACAUGUAUCUACAGACAAUGGACAUUCACCAACUUUUUGAUUGGAUCAGAUCAGUGGAGUGUCAAUGGAUUGGACAGAACCUAUCCAAACAGAGGUGGACACAUUUCCCAUAUCUUUGUAGACAUUCAGCCUCCACAUUUUUUUAUCUUGGCUUCUCGUCUGGUAAUAGUUUGCGGGAAUUUUUUAUGAAAG